AUGCGGCAACGCCCUGUCGCAAGAACAUUUGUCGCCUGUGGAAAGACGCAGAGCGCAUCCCGGCCUGAAGCGCCCGAUGCUCAACUAUACGAUGUAGUUAUAGUUGGCGGUGGCGCUGCGGGUUGUGCACUUGCCAGUGUUCUGGGGUCAACCAGGGCGCUGAACAGGCUGCGCAUUGCGCUUGUUGAUCCAGGCAAACUGGACGACACUAGGGAGUGGAAGCCACCAACCGACACGUAUCUGCCGCGAACACUUCAGAUCACGUCGAGAAACAAGCGCUACCUCGAGCGCCACGGCGUGUGGGGGCAGUGCUAUACGGAUCGUGUGCAGCCAUGCAACCGGGCGGUGGUCACCGAUGCUGUCGGGUGCGGCAUGAUUGAUCUCGAUGCAUCGUCGUCGCUUCUGUCUGUCAACUCUGGCAGUGUGGCAUACAUGAUCGAGACGAAGAACCUUGUUUCGGGACUUCUGCGCUCGAUCCAUUGCAGCAGCACUCCGGUGGAUCUGUUUGAACGAGCCAAAGUAGUGCAGAUCGAGCCCGGACACAGUGGAAUCAAGUGGCCGCUGCUGACCCUGUCAAACAAGCAGAGCCUCCGAGCGCGGCUUCUGGUUGGAGCAGACGGCGGGAGCAGCCAGGUGCGCAAGUUUGCGGGCAUCAACACAUAUGGCAACGACUACGGGCAGCAUGGGCUGGUCGCAACACUAUGCUUGGAGCAGCUGAACAGCGCCGCGUUCCAGCGCUUUCUGCCCACGGGCCCGAUUGCAAUGCUGCCCUUUCCUGGCGGCUUUGCCAACCUCGUGUGGUCGAUGGACCAGGGCCGAGUGCAGCAGCUGAAGGCUCUUUCUGAUGACACGUUCGUUAGCCUGGUCAAUGCGGCGUUCCGCCUGUCACUGGCCGAGAUGCAGCACCUCUUUGGUAUGGUCCACAACGGGUCCCCCGAUAGUGCCAUCAAGGCUGAGGCCGACUGGCGUCUGGGCGUGCAUGGCAACAUUGACAGCGAUCGGCAGCCGUUGCUGGCGCCAGCCGUGGCUGCGGUGUCGCCGAAAUCGCGAAUGUCGUUCCCACUGCGCAUGCGUGUUGUCGACAGCUUGGUUUCUGAGCGUGUGGCACUGGUUGGUGACUCGGGCCACGUCAUGCACCCGCUUGCCGGGCAGGGUCUGAACAUGGGCCUUGAGGACGUGCAGUGUCUAGCGGCGGUACUAGAGCAGGCAGUGCUCGCGGGACAGGAUAUCGGCACGCAGCCUGUCCUCCAGCGCUAUAACAGCCAGCGCUAUGUGCGCAACCUGGCCAUGCAGGGAGUCGUUGACAAGAUCUGGCAUGUAUUUGGCUCCGACGCCGCGCCGAUCGCCAGCGUGCGCUCUCUGGCCAUGCGCGGUUUGGACUGCCUGCCUGCCGUUAAGAGGCUGCUUGUCAGGCAGAUGAUGGCAUAA